AGGAAACGUUUAGAUUUUAUCGAAUACAAACGUUAUGAAAAUAUAGGCUUACAGUAACCAAGGAGAAAGAAAAAAACGAAAGGAAUUUCUUAAUAUGUCUACUCUUGUGAAGGAAAAGUUGUUGACUUUCUUUGAUUGCAGUCGUCCAACUUUUCGCAGCAAGAUGAUAACCACCUUCAGAAAAGAUAAAACAAGUUUGAUUGCCAGCCGUGUAAAGCUUUGUGGAACGAUUCUUUGGGCUGGAAGCGUCUUUAUUGGAUUUCUUCUCUUCGUUUCUUUAGUACUGCCAUCGCUCGAAAACAAUGGAUAUGUAUAUUCUAUGUGUAACGUCACUAAGUUUCUGGUAUUAACAGACUCUUACAAUAGACUAAGCUGCAAAUGCCCUGUACCGGACAAGAGAGAUGUUACUAAAUGUGUCAUUUAUUAUCCGUGUUUACAAAUCUUUGCGUCCUUCGUGGAUUCUUUGGGAGAGCUACGCCAAGGCUUGGUAGUUAAAUGCAGAAGACAUGUUGGAGAAAACUGUUCUCAAAGAAUACCAUACUAUGACUGCUCGACUGAAAAUGCUGUCUACAAAAGGCUAAAAGAAUUAAAAGACAAAUAUGGAAGGCCUGGGACCUCCUUUUCUUGCUAUUACAAAGCAAAUCAACCUGGUUAUAUCUUAUUAACGAGCAAGCAGUUGUUAAAAACACAGGUGUUGAAUUUAAUACUGUGGCCUUGUUUGGGGGCAAUGGUUGGAUUCAUGUUGAUGAUGUACAACAGGGUCCUAUCAAUGUAUUAUUGUGGAUAUAAGCAGAAACGAACAAACGACGCUGAAGAUCUGCUACCUUUAGCUGAUAACAUGGAUACGUGAUGCCGGUUUCAUUUUCGUGUUUUGUUUUCCCGUGAAAAGCCAACAGGGCCCGGUUGUACGAAUCCUGGUGGAUAGUGCUAUCCGGCGGAUAAAUCCUUAUCCAGUGGAUAAGUCGAUGCUGUUAUACAAUAAA